AUGAACCGACUGCUGCAGCACUUUGUGGACUCGAACGGAGCGCCACGUGCGACUGCUUCUUCGCGUCUGUCCGUGCCAUUGCCGCCGGAAUCAUCAGGAGGGUCGUACCACGGCAGCAGCCGUGGCUCCUAUCAACGCGCUGCCCCCGGCAGUCCGUUUUUCUACCAGCCAGCACAGACCGGCGCCAGCGGAUUGGCCGAAAUUCCACUCACGUCUUCAUCGAGCGGCGCUAAGUACGAAACCGUCGAUUUGAAUGCUGACUCGCGUCAGAAACAGGGACAGCAACAGCUGGUUGGGUCGAAUCGUCAUGGGCUCUUUUGCACUGAAGGGGGAACCGGUUUCCAUACGAAAGUUGCCAGUUCAGGGGAUGCUCACGUGUUCCGUGGCGAGUCGGUCGUAGCAGGUCCAGAAGUCGCGAAACAGUUUCCAUCUGGUGCAAGCAGUACAGAGACGGGUCAGUUGACGACCAUGGAAUCGACUUUGACGGGAGUGCAUAAACGUGGUACCGUACCGAACGGUGCCAUCGACACGACGUUAUCGUCGACUUGUGGUUCGACGAAUGGACCAGUUAUAGUACCGUAUUCGUCACGACGAGACGUGUCUGGUACGAGCAAUGCAAUGUCAGCCAUGGAUGACGCUGGUCCAGGACAGGAGGGACAGGACUUGUUUUCAAGACAGACGGUACAGAAUGGAUCAUAUACGACGACGCACAUGGACGAGAAUGGAAAUGGAUUCAACAAUACUGGACCAUGCGCAGCAGCAGAAGUUUGGAGUCAGGUAUCAGAUCCCGCUCAGCUGUCGGAGAAGGAGACGGGAUAUCAGCGACGUGAUCAACACCAGUUGAAUGGUCAGUCGACGAUGGCGGAGCCGUUUGGUUCUGCGUCUUUUCAUGUUGAUAAAAGUCCGCUCGAAUCACCUGCUAUAACGAACGAGGACCGUCAGUGUCAGCAUUUGCCAAGCGCUGACAGCUUGUUUGGGUCUCCUCCACCGAUGAACAGCGGAGGCUGGCCGCAUGCUGCCCCAUUUGCACAGCAAGCAUCGAAACCGGUGCAAGCGCAGGCAUUAUUUGCAAGUGGAACACCACCUGCAAGCAGCUUGUUUAAUGAAGAUGCAUCAAUGCCGCCACGAGCUAGCCAGAUAGCGCCGCCUCGUGUUGUGACCAAAGCUCUACCGUUGCCACGCCACCCCCAGAAUAACCUGCCAUCCUCAUCAACGCGUUCUCCGGCGAUGCCUCCGGCAACAGUCGUACCCCCGACGACCAAGUCAUCGGACGAGGGCACCCCGCCGUUGCCGGUACCCGACGUAGCAGUCUUAGCAUUUUCGGCUAUGAGACCCGAUGACCAUUACACUCGUGCCGUCAGUUCUAGGAGAUUACCUGCCCCUGCUGAAUCCGCGAUGAAGUUUGGGCUAGACGUACGGCACAUGAAGUUUUCGGCAGGUAAGCGCGAAGAUGAUGCUACUUCUAACGCCCCAAGCAUGGCUCAAAGUCGGAUGUCGAUGCUAUCGACGUUGGACGAUUCACUGAAGCUGUCGGACAUGUACAAGCACAUGACCACACGGUUGCAGAGUGAGAAGCAAGACCUGCUCAAGGUCGUAUCAAAUCAGGCUCAAGAAAUUGCUCAACUGAAGAAGCACAUCAAGUCGUUAGAGCUGCAGAUGAAGAAGCAACACUUGGCUCGAGAUGCGUAA